AAAUCACACCCAAAUCUCGCUUUUAUUCUCUCUCUGGCCGACCGUGGCAAAGUUUGGCCAACUUUUGUGACGUUUUGGGAAGACACCUCUCGCUAUCCUAGUGCCAUUAGUGGCGAGGAGCCCUUUUGACAUCAGCAAAGAGUUGAAUUUAAAAAAGAUGUGUUCCCUUCCUGUGGUUGCCUUAGUGAUGGAUGGGGAGUUGGAACCAAACCCUGCUGUUGCAGAGGAGGCGGGGGAGCCAGAGGAGCACAUGGAUGCCACCCCUUCCCCUUGCCAGCAGGCCGCGCCCCCCAUUGUGGUGGUUGCAGAGUCAGUUUCCAUGGCAACAGACGAGGACGCUCCAAAGAAGGGCUGCACCGACGAUGACGACGACGUGGUUCUGGUAGACGAGGAGGCACCCGAGCCACCGGCAUCAACGUCUUCCCAAGACACGCCCAUGUCCAAGGAUCCAGAACCCCCCGCUGCCACCGCAGACAUGUCUGCGGCGGCGACGCCUACGUCCAGCGGUGCGUCCGAGUCCUCGAACCCGGCUACGACUGAGCCCAUCGUCAUUGACGACGAGGAAGAGUCUGAGGAGAAGCAAGCCUCUUCUCCCUCAACCGCGCCCACUGGUGGCUCCUCCCCCGGCACCGUCAGCAGCACAGACCCAAAUUCGGAUAUCCGGAUCGCCAAUGUCACAACGCUGGGUCAAAGAGGUGAAAAAGAAGCAGGUGCAGAUGCCCAGGCGGACCUGAUGAUAACCUCUGUGACAUCACUGCAGGGAGGAGCAGUGGCAGGUGAAGGCCGGGCAGAGGAAAAUGGUCUUCAGAUUUGCAGCGCGUUCAGCUUGAGCACUGACAAUGUGUCCGGAAAACCCAGCGCUUCCUUCAAUCCUGGGCGAGGGUCGGCGGUGCAGAACGGGGACGCGGGGACGCACAACAGGACAGACUCCUGGAUUUCCCAGUCGGCGUCAGUCCCUCGCAACCAAAAGCAGACAGGGGUGGACUCUCCUUCGCCUGCCACCUCCCUGCCCAAACCUCCAGGACAGUCUUCCUCCUCCUCACCAGGUUCCCAGCCACAACCCAGGACGGUGAAGGUGACCUGUGCCAACUGUAAAAAGCCUCUCAAGAAAGGCCAGACUGCGUACCAACGUAAAGGCUCCACACACCUCUUCUGCUCCACCACCUGCCUAUCCGCCUUCUCGCACAAACCCGCCCCCAAGAAAAGCUGCACCAUGUGCAAAAAGGACAUCACAAACAUGAAAGGUACCAUCGUGGCUCAAGUAGACUCCAGCGAGUCCUUCCAGGAGUUCUGCAGCACCGGCUGCCUCGGCGCAUAUGAGAACAAGCAGAACCCGCCCAAGUCCAACCUCAAAACCAAAUGUACUGUCUGCGGCAAGCUCACGGAGAUCCGCCACGAGGUCAGCUUCAAGACGGUGACCCACAAGAUCUGCAGCGACAUAUGCUUCAACGUGUACCGCCGCGCCAACGGCUUGAUCAUGAACUGCUGCGAGCAGUGCGGCGACUACCUGCCCAGCCGGGUCUCGGCCAACCACUUCCUGCUGGUCGACGGCCAACAGAAACGCUUCUGCUGCCAGAACUGCAUCAGGGACUACAAGCAGGCUCACAGUAAGCUAGCGAGCUGCUUGACUUGUAAAACGCUGAUCAAGACGGGCGAAGUGGUGCUCGGCCUCGGAGCGGACGGCGCCAUGGGCUCCUACUGCUCCGCCAACUGCAUGAACAAGGCCAAGUUGUCAGCGGUGACCUACCACAAUGCGGAGCCCACGUGUCACUUCUGUAAGAGGAAUUCUCUCCCUCAGUACCAAGCAACUCUGCCUGAGGGAAACGUGCUCAAUUUCUGCAGCUCGCACUGCGUCACCAAGUUCCAGAAUACGACUCUUCAGACGGCCACUAAUGGACAGACGCCACUCUCCACGGCCAACAGUGCUGUCCAGCUCAAGUGCAACUACUGUCGUGGAACCUUCAGCAUGAAGCCCCAAACUCUGGAGUGGGAAGAUAAAAUGUACCACUUCUGCAGCAAGGUGUGCUGUGAUGACUACAAGAAGCUGCAUUGCAUCGUGACCCUCUGCGAGUACUGCCAGGAGGAGAAGACUCUGCACGACAUGGUGAAGUUCUCAGGAGAGAAGAAGCCUUUUUGCAGCGAAGGUUGCAAGCUGCUGUACAAGCAGGACUUCACCAAGCGUUUGGGCCUGAAGUGCGUCAGCUGUAACCACUGCAACCAGCUGUGCAAGAGAGCCGUGACGCGCCAGCUCGGCGGCAUGACCCGUGAUUUCUGCAGCGAGGAGUGCGGCAAGAAGUUUGACGACUGGUACCACAAGGCGGCAAGGUGCGACUGCUGCAAGGUGCAGGGGCAGCUGACAGAGUCUGUGAUGUGGAGGUCAGAGUUGAAGCAAUUCUGUGACCAGCAGUGUCUUCUGAGGUUCUACUGCCAGCAGAACGAGCCCAUCAUGGCCACGCAGAAAGGCCCGGAGAACAGCAUCACGGGAACUGAAUUGCAAGGUUCCAAGCUUGGGCUGGUGGGCCAGGGCACUUUCGCGGGCAGCGGCCUGAUCAGGGACGUUAAAAACAAGGCGGUGCUUUGCAAGCCGCUCACCCUGACCAAGGCCACCUACUGCAAGCCACACAUGCAGAGCAAACCCAUCCAGACAGAUGUUGAUGAUGGUGUAAAGAGAGAGUAUGUCCCUGUCCCCAUACCCGUGCCCGUCUUCAUCCCCAUGCCCAUGAACAUGUACACCCAGGUCACGCCCACACCGCUCUCCAUGCCUUUACCGCUUCCUGUGCCCUUCGUCCUGCCCACCACCCUGCAGGGGGCAGACCAGAUGGUGCAAGCCAUCAAGGAGCUGAAGGGCAAUGUGCCCUCUGACCUUGCAGACACGGACCCGCGGGCUAAGAUGGAGGAGCAGAAACCAGAUGUAAAGCUGGUGGAGGUGAAAAGUGAGCAUGUGGCUGAGGAAGCCACCAGUAAGACCCUGGAGAAGGAGGAGGAAGACGAGGAGGGCAAAUAUGAACCUGAUAUGGACCUGGAGGCAGACUUUCCUCAAGCCUCUGCUUUAGACCCGCCUCCUGUCGCAGAGACGAUGGACGAGGACCCGAGCUCGACUCUACCGCCAGUUCUGACAGAGGAAAGUGGGCAGGCAGACGAGUCCAUACCCCGACCUCAGCCAAGGACACGAGGCAGCAAAAGGCUGGCAGCGGAGGUGGGAUUUGAUCAAACCUCGCCCCCACCCUCCACGGCACAUUCCCUGCCUCUUAAAGCUCGCUACGGCAUCAACGCGUGGAAGCGCUGGGCGUUAUCCGCUUCUGACCACACAGAUGACCGAAACAAGGACAACGCCUCAGAAGCAGCUCCAGCGGCCCCACUCACCAGUAACUUGGCGUCGCUGAGUGCGGAGGAGCUAAACAUGGCGUUGUCCCGCUUCGUCAGGGAGGCGUGCAGGCCCAGUGGGGAGCGCUACUCCCCCGACAGCAUCCUCUACCUCUGCUUGGGCAUCCAGCAGCAUCUCCACACCAAAGGCCGAAAGGAUGACCUCUUCAGUGACCUUUGCUACCAGCAGUUUGGGGAGGAACUCAAUAAGGUCCUGAAGGACUGGAAGCCCAGUGUGCUUCCCGAUGGCUCGCUGUGGGGUCGCGUGGAGGAGCAGAGCCUGUGGAGCAGCCGUCAGUUGGGGGAGGAGACCCCCGCCAGCCUGCUGCGCUCUCUGGUCUACCUGAACACCAAAUAUUUGGGCCUGCGCACCACCGAGCAGCACAUGCGCCUGUCCUUCGCCAACGUCUACGGCCCGGACACGGUCCAUCCUGUCCUGUCCAAGUCGACCAGCACCUGCAUCCGCGUGCCUUCCGUCUCUCAGGAUCACAAUGUCGUGAAGGAGUCUCGUAAGAGGAAGUUGGACCAUCGGGAAGCUGAAGCAGGUGUCCCCGCCAGAAAGCACGAGCUUCACCUUUAUGAGCUCUACAGAUCCAAGUGCCCGCCGUCGCUGCGGGAGAGCUCGGAUGUCUUCUACGUUCAGCCCGAUCCCACCUGCGACCCAGACGGGAUGGUGUGGUUCACCUCCACGCCCGUGGAACCCCGAAUGCUGGAGAGCCUCCUCGCCAGAGUCCUCCUGGUCCGGAACGUUUACAUGGACACGCCACACUUGGAGGAGGAGGAGGAGGAGAAAGAUGGAGCUGAGGGGGAGUAGUAACGAGUCUUCUUGGACCGGUAGAUUGUUAGUAGAUCCACAGGAGGGCGGUAGUGAGUAGCGUGUGUGCUCUUCCAACGUUUUGUCAUGUAAUCCGCCUUCAUUCCUUCCACCACGACCCGCCACGUCCUCCUGGCGAGGGAACCACCUCUGCAGGGAAGCAUGGAAGGACUGGGCUUCAUAUGGAGAAAGAGGGAUGUGUGUUGCUGGGCUCUUCAAGGAAAAAAGCGUCUGUAGGACCCGGACCACCGCUCAGAAGACGCUUGGGCCUGAAUUUGAAUGCGGUGAGGUGAUUGGCAGGGAACAGACAAUCACCGCAACUUUGCCAUGUCCUGUCGGCAUCCCUCUUGCCGAGAAGUCAUUGAACGCCACCCCAGAUGCCAUAGUGGCCCCCCUUUUCCAGCACCAGUUAUCCAAAGCAACCCACAUGAGUCGCGGUUGGAGACCACGAGACCAUUUCAAAAGCAGCCACCGGGGGGCGUAACGCUAACUGUGGGCUUGCUACACAUGCUAGCUAAGCUACGCUAACAUGCUGCCUUCCUCCAUUGAUGUCCUGUAGCAUUGUACACGCUGGCGGUCUUGGGCGGUCUGGAGGCAUCUCCUGGAGGUCAUGUGGACCGGGCUGGUCACAAAAGGGAUGAAACACCCUGUUUUCUUUUGGAUGAUAUUUAUGUCCUCUUGCGUUGUUCUUGAAGGGGCUCCAAAUUCACUCCUCACGAGCACAAGCAGCUCCUCCGCUUGAAGGAAGUGCUCAUCUUUUGUUUCCCAUUUGAAAAGCAGAUUUGCUUUGAGCGUUAAUUCAUUGGUUGUCAGAAAGACGUUUCUCCUAAAACUAAACUCAGGUUUGCUUUCAAAAGAUUUGCCAUGGAAUAGCUCCAGUUCCUAUUACUUCCAGGCUCUGCUGGCUGGGAUGAUCCUGACGGCCGUUAAGGUAGAACUGAUGACUUCUGGAGCAUCUUUGGAGUUAACUGCAGAACCUCAGUGCCGCUCGGCCGCUCCUCGGCGGAGGACGUAUGCAUGAGAUUCUGCUCUCUAGUCCGCUUGAACCUCUUACAGGGACACGGUCGGGUCGCUUCCUCAGUACCAGACUCAAAUCAGAACCUUUAAUAAGCGAGCCCCUUGGAGGCCACACCGCCGUAGAGGGCGAGGGCGGCGGUGUCGCCGGGCUCGGACUCGGGUCGGCACGUGUGAAUGUGCCUCGUGUAAAUAGUUGAACGUCUGACACGUCGGGAAUGCGUGUGUGCGUGCGUGCGUGACUCCUCUGCUGGUGCGCUCGUGUUCAAUAAAUGAUUUCUUUUUUCUAA